AUGAGGUCUUUGGAAGAUUCUAGAAAGAGAUGGCAGGUGACGAUAAAGUCCGCAUCUAGCUUGACCGAACUCAAGAAAUCCGUGAGGAUCGUUGGAGAAAACAGUCCUUGUAACGGAGGUUUGAGAUCUAUCUGUUGGAAGGCAAGUUCUAAGUUUCAUCUUGGCACAUUUUUAUUGUUUCAAAACACAGAGAUCACGGGUUGGGCACGAGGACUUGAGGAUUCACGAAGUGCUUAUACCUCUUUAAGAGAACAUUUCUUAAGAUUCAUCGAACAUCCAAAUGAUCUAGGAUCUUCAUUAGAUCCUCUGGACGAUGAUAAACACUCACCAUGGAAUACCCUUCGGAAAGAUGAAGAAAUUCGUGCCGAAAUAUUUCAGGAUAUCGAGAGAUGCAUGCCAGAAGAACCAUACUUCCGUCGUGCCGACAUUCAAAGAUUCAUGCUGGAUGUGUUGUUUAUCUUUUGCAAAAUCAACCAAGAUGUAGGUUAUCGUCAGGGCAUGCAUGAGAUACUGGCUCCAAUUCUAUGGGUAGUGGAGCAAGAUUCUAUUGACCCUCGAGACAUCAAUAGUGACACGAGUGAAUCAGGAACAGAUCCAUCAGAUUCGAUUAUGAAGCAGUGUUUGAAUCGUAAAUUCAUCGAGCAUGAUGCCUUCACUCUCUUGUCUUUGGUCAUGAGAUCAGCAAAGUCAUUUUAUGAAUUAGGUGACCCCGGUCAAAAAACACCUCAAAUUGUUGGCGGAACCCCUCAAAAUGGCGCAUCUCCAAUUGUUGAAAGGAGUAAGCGAAUUCAUGAAGUAUACCUGGCUCGGGUAGAUCCGCGACUGGCCAAACAUCUUACAGAUAUUGAGAUACUACCACAAAUAUUCUUGAUACGCUGGAUCAGGUUGCUCUUCGGGCGCGAGUUUCCUUUCGUUGAUCUACUAUCAGUAUGGGAUACUCUUUUCGCCGAGGAUCCAGAACUAGAUCUUGUGGAUCUUAUAUGUGUAGCAAUGUUACUUCGAAUUCGUUGGCAACUAAUGGAAUCGAACUACUCGCUGGCCCUAAUGUUACUACUCAAAUAUGAGUGUCCUCCAAAUCCUCAAACUUUCGUCGAUGAUGCAAUCUUCUUACGAGAUAAUUUCAAUGCUAGUGGGGGAUCCAAGAUUAUUCAUAAAUAUAGUGGGAAGUUCCCGCAUCGAGAUAAAUCAUCGCCACCACCUGAUGCUCCUAUUGAAGAAAGUCUCAGCCCUAGACAGCUACUCAUGCGGAAUAGAUCUUCAUUGACUAGCCCUGCUCGGUUCUUGCAACAACAGGGGGGUGUUGAAGCGUUGAUUCAAGGUGCUGCAAAAGGUGUUUACAAUAGGGGAGAGCGUCUUGGCAUCAAUCAAGCUGUACGCGAUGCAAUGGAAGAAGUGAAGAAGAAUAUGCAAGGACUACAAACUCCAAGAAGUAACAAUUCUCCUAGGAGAGCUAGUGCUGCUUCACGGUGGUCUCUUGAUGAUGGGCGUGUGAUGCCUGCCUCGACAGCUAUCAUGGCAACAAUGAACGAAAGAAAUAGGCAAUUGGCUGUCAUGCUAGAUCACGCAAUGAAAGAUCUGAGAUCUGUUUCUGUGUCAAAAGAAAGUAACCGGGAAAAGUGCAUCGAGGCAAUGGACAUGGCUAUUGCGAAAGUUGAUUUCGUGAAGGUUUACUUGGAGGACUCUACUAUGCCACUUCCAAUUCUUUCACCAAUUAUCGAUGGUAGGAAUGAGCCUGCUACACCAGAAGCAGAUAUACCGAAAGUUUUAUUACCGCCAAUCUCAGAUCAAGGGCAGACAACUUCACCAGAGACUCCCAUCAUGAAUUCCGACCCAGGUAAUGCUCUGGCAAAAGAGACAAAUGGCCUAGAUGAGACAUCCAUAUCAACGCCUGACAUUAGUCAAACUCCAAGGGAAGCAAUUGACCUCUCCUCAAACGAGCCGUCUACAAUUAUCGAACCCGAUAUAGAAAGAGAUGCUAUGAGAUCUGCAACAACCGAGCGACCCGAAGCACCCAUCCCCACUAGAUCUUCGAUUGCACAGUCGUCGUUCUCUUGGAUGCUAGAACCAGAUCAAGCAUCUAGCCCCACGAUAAAAUCCUCACCUCCAAAGAGUUCUUCUCCAUUUUUAAGAACCGGAAAGCGACCUACAUCCGGUGCUGGUCGAGAAAAGGCAGCGUUUCUGUUUGGGGAUGAUGAUGGCGACUUCCAACUUCCCAUACCAAAAUCUCCAUUGCCAAACGCUGAAGAAGCCUUCAAGCUAGGAACAUUGAAACGAAUAAAAGAGAAACAAAUCGAUGAAAACACGGUUGAAUAGGAUGGCUACAUUAUCUCUUUUGUCUAUACAACAACACACUUCAUUAUCGGAUUCAUCAGUAAACGCGAAUCCAUCAAUACACGAAUCACGACGCGACAUCGACUUGAUCACUUGUUACAAGCCAUCUAUUAAAUAUGAUAGAAAGGGGACGAAUGGGGCGAUCUCCUAACAUCAGCUGGGAGCCUGACCUUUUUCGAACGUCGGAUAGCAGAACACUACUGCAAGCCGGCAAUGCAGGUAUACGCGAAAUGUAGGAAGCCUCCAAUUCGUCUAGGUAUCUUGAGUAACACCAGUUGAAACUGGCUGCUCAUCACAUUUCGUAAUUGACCCCGACAAUUCCUCGAAACAGGAUUUGCGAAGCCCAAGACUAAUGAGUGACAUUGUCGGAAUAUGGGUCAGCGUUGUAAAUAUGGGAAUGGUCAUAGGAGGCAGACAAUAUCAAAUUAUUUCAUAUGGUGAACGAAAUUAAGAAGUAUAAAUAUCAAGACUCUCAACCUCUUCACUCAUACUGUCUGAUAUUGGUUUUCCCACAGAGAGGAGUCAUGUACGGGUGACUAUUAAAGUCCUUUCUCCAUCCGCGAUUCUUCCCUUGUGAAGUUCUCCUUCCAUGUAAACGGAAAUACCUAUACAAAGCACUUGAAUGUUAGGAGCUUGAGCUCAAGCUCUUCUUAACAUCUUGCCUUAGUUCGAACCCUUGAAAAUCCUUGAGGGAUGAUUUGCUAUUGAUUAUUUUGAGGCACAACAAGUAGAUACACCAGAUACCAAUGAUAUCCAAAGAAUACCGUCAGCCUUCCUGUUAUUGUUAUUUAUGUACAAGCAAGUUGGUGA